UUAAUGUCCCUUUGAAUUUACAAAAAUGAGUGUCCUUUUUCAACAGCUAAAAAUUUCUAGCUCAAAAUCGCACGGUUGACUUCAAAACACUCCAAUCACUUUUUCAUAUUCACAGGCUGAUCCCUCUUUGAUUCAAGACUUUCGAAAGCAGAGUUGAGGGAUGGCUAUUAAGAAGAUAUUAACGUCUCCAUUUGUUGGAAUCACAGUUUUGGUGGCUUUAAUUGCUCUAAUCACAAGAUUUUCCUCCGUCAAAUUCAAACCCCAGCAGAGAUUGUUCAGUGUAGAAGAAUUGGCUUUGUACAAUGGAACUGAUGACUCGAGACCAAUUCUCUUAGGAAUUCUUGGAUCUGUGUUUGAUGUAACGAAAGGGAAGUCUCAUUAUGGUGUGGGAGGAGGUUACCAUCAUUUUGCCGGAAGAGAUGCUUCCCGUGCAUUUGUAUCAGGAAACUUUACAGGAGAUGGUCUCACUGAUUCACUGAAUGGGCUAUCCAGCACAGAGGUAAAGAGCAUUGUUGAUUGGCGAGACUUUUACUUCAGAAGCUACACAUUUACUGGUAAGCUGGUAGGUCGUUACUAUGAUAGUCAAGGAAAUCCCACAAAAUAUCUGAAAGGAGCUGAAGCUAAAGCUAAGAGAGGGGCUCAACUUUUGGAGAAACAGAAGGCUGAAGAAGCCAAACAACCAGGUUGUAAUUCCAGGUGGAGUCAGGCCGAGGGUGGAGAGGUUUGGUGUGAAAGUGGUGUCCCGAGGUUAGUUCAAAGACCUCUAGAAAUUGCUUUGACCGGAAAGAUGAGUAAGCGAUGCGCUUGUUUCGAAGUAGAUCAGUUGGAUCAGCCGGGGCUGGAAGUCUACGAAGGAUGUGAUUAUCAUGCCAAGACAUGCCGGGUUUAAAUAGAGACAGAGGCAAAGUUGGAGACUAUAAAAAGCAAAGAAUUAGUUACUUUCCUAGCGAAUUUGGAUUUAUUGGUCUCAUGUUUUAGAAUAACAAGUCUAAUGACAGAAUCUGGAGCCUAGAAAGGAAGCAUUUUACAGAAACUUCUGGUUGAAGCAGUUGGAACUUCCCGAUAUUUGAGUCCAUUAUAUUUAUUCACCUCUUUGUUCACAUUUGACUUGUGUAUAUAAUUUAUGUAUAUAAAUGAUACAUAAGAACAAUCUUUUGACUUGUUAAACGUACAUAUAAAUAACAAUGUUCUCAAUUUGGAAUGGGGUUUAACCGGA